ACAGCCCAGUCCAAUGUAAACAAAAACAUUGACGCGUUUUGGUUUUCUUUAUGACCGUUCGGCACAAAAAAUGUUAAAAUAAAUUUAAGUUUUAUAGUUUAACUUCAACGAAACUAACCGUUUGGAAUGGAGUAUCGACCAAACUACAUCUGCUUCGAUCAGGUAUGCCGUAUUUGUAUGAAAACAUGCCCGGAUUUGCAGUCAAUAUUUGGUCAUCCCCAAGACAUCCCGGAUCUGAUCCGGCUUCUAUCAAAAGUUGAGGUACUGGAGGACGAUGAACUUCCAAAGCUUAUUUGUGACGAGUGCCUGACAUUCGCGGGAAAUGCAGCGGAGUUCAGAGAGCGUUGUAUUCAAUCGGACCGGACGCUACGGGAGUACAUCUCGGAUAAUGGUGACGAUCAGAAGCUCUAUCUGCUAAAGGAAGAGCCCGGAUUUUUGGUUCUGGGAGAGGGUAGUGCCAGCGACGGUGCAGCAUUGGGGACGGAGUUCAUCAAAUGUGAGAUUGAUGAGUCAAGUAGCGAGAAGCCGGCUGGCGAUGGGAUCGAUGGAAAUGAUUUUGAGAUCGCCGACGGAGUCGACAGUGACGAAGAAAACGAAGAUGAAGAUCGUGAGGAAGCGGAGGAGGUCAAAAUGGAACGACGCAUCCAACGACGGCGUAGGACACGAAAUACAGCUGUAGAAGAUGAUUCGGAUGACGAACCGUUGAUCGUGAAAAGGAAGAAAGGCGAGGAACUUACUUGUACGAAAUGCCAUGAGAAGUUUAAGAACAGAGCUCAUGUCAAAUUUCAUUUCCAAAGUGACCAUGCUGAUGAAAAAUCUUCCAAGGAAGACAAAAUCCGACAGUGCUUUUAUUGUCCUAAAGCAUACUCAAACUAUGAGUAUCUAAAAAUUCAUCUGAAUUUUCAUCCUCGAAAUGAGUGGACCUGUCCGAUGUGCGACAAGGAGAUUAAGAACAAAGGUAAAUUUAUCGACCAUUUGAGGAUGCAUGCAAAUGAACGCCAUUAUCAGUGUGAUAUCUGCGAGAAAGAUUUCACGUCACACAAGUACAUCUCGAAUCACAUGAAGAUGCACAAGCGGAAAGGCGAGAAAAGUAGCAAGUAUAACUAUGAAGAAUCUAGUGAGAGUGAGUGCGAUCCUGCGGAGGAUGAUAAGGAAGAAGAUGAAGAAGAAAGUAAUCUUUCUGACGGAGAGGAAGCAAUUAAGAUCGACUAUCAGCUUAACCCUGAUGCACCCAAUGAUUGUCCAGUCUGCUACGAAACAUUCGCGAAAAUAAUAUACGUAAAAUUCCACCUUCAAAGCGAGCAUAUUCCAUUGGACGAAUCUACUCCGAGGGUUCAUCUUUGCAUAACGUGUAAGAAGAGCUACAUGACAUUCGACCAUCUUGUGAGCCAUAUGAAGUUACAUGAUGUGAAGAUUUGGAGCUGUCCGGAGUGUAAGAAGCAGUUCCGUCGACUGGACAAGUACAAGGACCACCAGAAAAUACACCAAAACGACCGAACCUUCCUGUGCGUGUAUUGCGGUAAAGAUUUCCCAACGACGAAGUACAUGAACCGUCACCUGCAGACUCACGUAAAGGAGAAGGUCCAGAAACCGGAAGAGUUUGAAUGCGAGGUUUGCGGCAAGAAAAUGAAAUAUAAAUCCAACUACACCAAUCACAUGAAAACGCACGGGCCGCAACAUUCCAAGCCAAUCAAGGAGGAUCCGGACUCGCCGCCCAAGAAAAUAUACUUGUGCAGUAUAUGCGGUCGCAAUUGUGGUUCUUCCAGCAAUCUGACGGUGCACAUGCGCCGGCAUAAUGGGCAGGCGAUUUGCGCCUGUUCGGUUUGCGGUAAAGGGUAUCCACGUAAAGCUGAUUUGGUUAUGCACAUGCGAAGGCAUACAGGUGAAAAACCAUACGAGUGUCCAACUUGUGGUCGAGGUUUCGCAAGGAGAGACAAACUACGGAUACACAUUCGAACGCAUACCGGGGAGAAACCUUAUGCCUGUCCAUGUGGAAGGGCUUAUGCUCAGUCCUGUGCACACCAUUGGAGAGCAAAAAACCGUAGAUAUAGCAGUGCCAGCAACACGAGUCAGAGAGUGCAGGAAGAAGGAUUUCACGCGUGGUGUAAUGCUCAGAUGGCACGCGCGGUUCAUGUGGCUGGGCGCCCUGUAAGAAGGAGUAGGGUAGGUGGCAGUUAUUGGCCGGCGGUGAUGACUGAUGUGAUGGGAGAAAGAGGGUUUUGCGCUGAUGAUUUUAUAAUACAAUUUCGCAACUUGACUCUCAGAAUCCUUUGCUGCUAUCUCUGGAUCCUGUCAUUGUAUACACAUCAUGCGGUGUCCAACCGACAACGACGAUGAUGAAGGGAAGCAUCGAUUAUCGUACUCACCGGUUGCGGGCACCCUCAAUCUUUAGAAGCGAGAAUGUCGGACGGCUCAAAAGGAUGAAGGAGGUACCUUGCUUAUCUGGUGUAAUUGCUAAGCUCGCCACUGUUCGUUCGUUUAUUUUCGAACCGUGCGGUCAAUUUGAAGGUACGAAUCUAAGAACGAAGAACAUCGACCUCCCUUCGAGAUAGGAACUGGCUGUGCUUUUCCCACUCCACUUAGCAUUUUGUUUUUAUGGAGUGAUGGUGGGAGUUUUUUUUACUAAAAGUGCUUGAUUGAGAGAUGCAGCAUAAUUGCGUAUGAAUAGGGUAACUAUUCUUCAUCUCACAGUUCCUGUUAAAAUUAAAGAUUGGAAAAUACA